AUGGGGAAGGAAUGCGAUGCCAUUAGCAAUGGCAACUGUAAUGGCGUCGUGAGGCCCAAAGGAGGCGUUUGCGGUUGCUGCGAUGUCUGCAUCACACAGCUCGCUGAGGGUGAAAACUGUCUAGCUACGAUGAUGCUGGGAGGUCCUGCCACCUCGGAGUGCGCUUCCGGUCUCACGUGCGACAUCCAGACGUUCACGUGCAAACCUAUUGGGCAGAAACGCCAAACAGGUUCCUGCUCCGCUAAGCUUGCGAAAGUGGAGGCAAAAUACGCCGCCGCCAACGGGAUGCUCUGGGGACUGGAGCGACCCCUUUGUGAAGCAAAUGGUGACUUCAAGGGAAUGCAGUACCAAGGCUCCCAAGCGUUCUGUGUUGCUCCUGACGGCACUGAGAUUUCUGGUUUCAUGGUCAACAAGUGGGAGGCUGCCGACAUGGACUGCCAGUGCGCACGUGACAAGUACGCCUACUUGCAAAUGGGCCUCAUUGGUCGGAUUUUCUCAUGUGAUCGCUUCGAAAACUACGCGCCCACCGGAUGCACGGGUUCGGUGUGCUUUUGUCAGGAUCGUAGCGGAAAACCUAUCGGAGACACCCGGGUCAAUAUAGGACAGCUGGACGCUCUCAACUGCUAGACAAUGAUAUACUUCUCUACGACUGAUUUAAGAGAUGCUACUUUCUAAUAUCAGGAACGCAAAACGCGGCCAUGUUAUGAACAAAUGCAACACGAAUAAAUACAGCACAAUAUAAAAAUA